AUGGCGGGGGCCCCGGCCGCUCUGCUGCCCCUCGUCCUCCAGCUCACGAGCGUGGCCGUGGCCUCCGCGACGGACGGAGGUGGGGUCAUCCUCCCGGAGGCCCCUGGGCUUGCUGACAUCCAGGACUACCAGCAGCAGGCACCAGCCCGCUCCUCAUCCCAUGCUGGGGCCCCACAGGAGCAGUGGCGCCCCCUGGAGGAGCGACUGGAAAGGCUGGAGGCCCAGAUGAUGGAACUCAGAGAGCAGAACAAAGAGCUGCAGGCGAGGGUGAGGCAGCUGGAGUCCUGUGAAUGCCGCCCAGCGUCUCCCCAGUGCUGGGGGCUGGGGCGGGCCUGGCCCGAGGGUGCUCGUUGGGAGCCUGACACCUGCACCGCCUGUGUCUGCCAGGAUGGGACCGUGCACUGUGACCCCAAGCCCGACCUGCCCCACUGCCACGGCUGCAGCCACAAUGGUCAGACCUAUGGCAGCGGGGAGACCUUCUCCCCGGACGCUUGCACCACCUGUCACUGCUUGGAAGGAACCAUAAAGUGUACCCAGAAGCCAUGCCCAAGAGGACCCUGCCCGGAGCCAGGAACAUGCUGUCCUCACUGUGAGCCAGGCUGCCCUGGAGGCCACAGGGAUGGGGAAACAUGGGAACCAGAGCCCUGUGUCAUCUGCACCUGCCAGGCAGGGACCGUGCGGUGCCAGGGGCCCUCAUGUGCAGAGCUCAACUGCCUGGAGAGCUACACCCCACCUGGGGAGUGCUGCCCUGUCUGCCGGCCAGGCUGUGAGUAUGAGGGGCGGCCUUAUGAAGAGGGGGCCAGCUUCCUGUCCAGCGCCGACCCUUGUCUCCAAUGCUCCUGCCUGAGGAGCCUGGUUCGCUGUGCACCCAUCAAGUGUCCACCCAGCCCCUGCCCUGAGCCAGUCCUGAGGCCUGGCCACUGCUGCCCGACCUGCCAAGGCUGCACGGAAGGUGGCUCUCGCUGGGAUCAUGGCCAAGAGUGGACUGCCCCUGGGGACCCCUGCCGGAUCUGCCGGUGCCUGGAGGGCCACAUUCAGUGCCGCCAGCGAGAAUGCUCCAGCCUGUGCCCGUACCCUGCCCGGCCUCGUCCAGGCACCUGCUGCCCGCUGUGCGAUGGCUGUUUCCUAAAUGGGCGGGAGUACCACAGCGGAGAGCCCGUGGGCUCUGGGGACCCCUGCUCGCACUGCCACUGUGCCAAUGGGAGUGUCCAGUGUGAGCCUCUGCCCUGCCCGCCCGUGCCCUGCAGACACCCAGGCAGGAUCCCUGGCCAGUGCUGCCCAGUCUGUGAUGGCUGUGAGUACCAGGGACACCAGUACCAGAGUGAGGAGACCUUCCGACUCCAAGAGAGGGGGCGCUGCAUCCGCUGCUCCUGCCAGGCUGGCGAGGUGUCCUGUGAGGAGCAGGCGUGCCCGGUUGCCCCCUGCACCCUGCCUGACUCUGGCCCCCAGCUCUGCCCAGCCUGCGUGCUGGAUGGAGAGGAGUUUGCUGAGGGGGUCCAGUGGGAGCCUGAUGGUCAGCCCUGCACGGCCUGCUCCUGUCAUGAUGGCGUGCCCAUGUGUGGGGCUGUGCUCUGCUCCCCACCCCCCUGCCAGCACCCUACCCAGCUCCCCGGUGCCUGCUGCCCCAGCUGUGAGAGCUGCACCUACCACGGCCAAGUGUAUGCCAAUGGGCGGAACUUCACGGACGCGGAUAGCCCUUGCCACGCCUGCCGCUGCGAGGCUGGGACUGUGAGGUGCUCCUUGGUUGACUGCCCUCCCACAACUUGUGCCAGGCCCCGGAGUGGACCCGACCAGUGCUGCCCCAGGUGCCCAGACUGCAUCCUGGAGGAACAAGUAUUUGUGGAUGGCGAGAGCUUCUCCCACCCCCGAGACCCCUGCCAGGAGUGCCGGUGUCAGGAAGGCCAUGCCCAUUGCCAGCCUCGGCCCUGCCCCAGGGCCCCUUGUGCCCAUCCACUGCCUGGCACCUGCUGCCAGAACGACUGUAAUGGCUGUGCCUUUGGCGGGAAAGAGUACCCUAACGGAGCAGACUUCCCCCACCCGUCUGAUCCCUGCCGUCAGUGUCGCUGUCUGAGCGGAAGCGUGCAGUGCCUCUCCCGCCGCUGCCCGCCGCUGCCCUGUCCAGAGCCGGUCCUGCUGCCCGGAGAGUGCUGCCCGCAGUGCCCCGCCACCUCCUCCGGCUGCCCGCGGCCAGGGGGCGGGGUCCCGGCCCGCCACCUAGAGCAUUUCUCCCAGCCCGACGACCCCUGCCGCCGCUGCCUCUGCCUCGAUGGCUCUGUGUCCUGCCAGCGGCUGCCCUGCCCGCCUGCGCCCUGCUCCCACCCGCGCCAAGGGCCCUGCUGCCCGUCCUGCGACGGCUGCCUGUACCAGGGGAAGGACUUUGCCAGCGGGGAGCGUUUCCCUUCGCCCACUGCCUCGUGCCACGUCUGCCUCUGCUGGGAGGGCAGCGUCAGCUGCGAGCCCAGGGCCUGCGCACCUACUCAGUGCCCCUUCCCCGCCAGGGGUGACUGCUGCCCUGCCUGUGAUGGUUGCGAGUAUCUAGGGGAGUCCUACCUGAGCGGCCAGGAGUUCCCGGAUCCCCGAGAGCCCUGCAAUCUGUGUACCUGCCUUGGAGGCUUUGUGACCUGUGGCCGCCAGCCCUGUGAGCCUCUGGGCUGCAGCCACCCGCUCACCCCGGCUGGACACUGCUGCCCAACCUGCCAGGGAUGCCUCUAUCAUGGGGUCACCGCAGCCCAUGGAGAGACCCUUCCUGACCCACUCGACCCCAGCUGCUCCCUCUGCACCUGCCAGGAAGGUUCCGUGCGCUGCCAGAAGAAGCCAUGUCCUCCAGCUCUCUGCCCCCACCCCUCUCCAGGACCCUGCUUCUGUCCUGUUUGCCACAAUCCCCCUCCUGGCACCCGCAUGCCCUGCUGGCCACCCAGGGUGGGGGGACAGGGGCACGCGUGCAGAACCAAGACUCAGAGCGCGUCCCUGCCCACCUGGGACACAGGCUGCCUGGCUCACGGGGAGGAGCACCCGGAAGGCAGUAGCUGGGUGCACCCCCAAAGCCCCUGCUCCUCCUGCAUGUGUCACGAGGGUGUCGUCACCUGUGCCCGCGUCCAGUGUGUCAGCUCCUGUGCCCAGCCCCACCGAGGGCUCAGUGACUGCUGCCCUCGAUGCUCUGACUGUGAACAUGAAGGUCGGAAGUACGAGCCAGGGGAAAGCUUCCAGCCUGGGGCAGACCCGUGUGAAGUGUGCAUCUGUGAGCUGCAGCCUGAGGGGCCCCCGAGCCUUCAGUGUCAUCGGCGGCAGUGUCCCAGCCUGGUGGGCUGUCCCGCCAGCCAGCUCCUGCCCCCUGGGCCACAGCACUGCUGCCCCACCUGUGCCCAGGCGCUGAGCAACUGCACAGAGGGCCUGCUGGGGUCUGAGAUGGCCCCGCCGGACCCUUGCUACACCUGCCAGUGCCAGGACCUGACAUGGCUCUGCAUUCACCAGGCCUGUCCUGAGCUCAGCUGUCCCCCAUCGGAGCGCCACACCCCCCCUGGGAGCUGCUGCCCCGAGUGCCGAGGACCCUUUCCACUUCCCUCGCACUGGUUGCCGGGCCUGCCAUCUGAAUGUGUGGUGGAGGCCGAGGGCCGGAGAGCGGCGGAUGGAGAGAGCUGGCGGGACCCUAGCAACGCUUGCAUUACUUGCGCCUGCCAUCGGGGCCGCGUGGAGUGCCACCUGGAGGAGUGCCCCGCCCUCUCCUGCCCCCAGGGCUGGGCGAAGGUGCGAGAGGCUGGCAGCUGCUGUGAGCGAUGCCAAGCCCCCGCCCAGUCGUGCGCGCACGAGGGCCGGGCUGUGGCCUCCGGGGAGCGCUGGGCCGUGGACGUUUGCACCACUUGCUCCUGCGUGGCAGGCACCGUGCGCUGCCAGAGCCAGCGCUGCCCGCCGCUCUCCUGUGGCCCCGACGAGGCCCCCGCCCUGAGUCCCGGCAGCUGCUGCCCCCGCUGCCUGCCCCGACCCGCCUCCUGCAUGGCCUUCGGAGACCCUCAUUACCGAACAUUCGACGGCCGCCUGCUGCACUUCCAGGGCAGCUGCAGCUAUGUGCUGGCCAAGGACUGCCGCGGAGGGGACUUCAGCGUGCACGUGACCAACGAUAACCGGGGCCGGAGGGGUGUGGCCUGGACCCAGGAAGUGGCGGUGCUGCUCGGGGACGUGGCGGUGCGGCUGCUGCAGGGCAAAGAGGUCACGGUGGACGGGCGCCCUGUGGCCUUGCCCUUUCUGCAGGAGCCGCUGCUGUACGUGGAGUUACGGAGACGCACCGUGAUCCUGCAUGCCCAGCCCGGGCUCCAGGUGCUGUGGGAUGGGCAGUCUCAGGUGGAGGUGAGCGUGCCCAGCUCCUACAGGGGCCAGAUGUGUGGGCUCUGUGGGAACUUCAAUGGCUUUGCCCAGGAUGAUCUGCAGGGCCCUGAGGGGUUGCUCCUGCCCACAGAGGCUGCAUUUGGGAAUAGCUGGCAGGUCCCAGAAGGGCCGGGACCCAGUCGGAUAUGUUCCAAGGGCCGCGAGGUGGAUCCGUGCAGGGCAGCGGGUUACCGUGCCAGGCGUGAGGCCAACGCCCGGUGUGGUGUGCUUAAGUCCUCCCCGUUCAGUCGCUGCCACUCUGUGGUGCCACCAGAGCCCUUCUUUGCCGCCUGCGUGUAUGACCUAUGUGCUUGUGGCCCCGGCUCUUUGGCUGACGCCUGCCUCUGUGAUGCCCUGGAAGCCUAUGCCAGUCACUGUCGCCAGGCAGGGGUGACACCUGCCUGGCGGGGCCCCACACUCUGCGUGGUGGGCUGUCCCCUGGACCGCGGCUUCGUGUUCGAUGAGUGUGGCCCGCCCUGUCCCCGCACCUGCUUCAACCAGCACAUCCCCCUGGGGGAACUGGCCGCCCACUGUGUGAGGCCCUGCGUUCCUGGCUGCCAGUGCCCCGCGGGCCUGGUGGAGCACGAGGCCCACUGUAUCUCACCCGAGGCCUGCCCCCCAGUCCAGCUCACCGGGGACCUGCCACCCAGGCCUCCGCCCAGCCCUGGCCGGUAG